AUGAAAGAAGUUAAACUGAAAAUAAAUGUGAAGAAAAUACUAAAGACCUGUGAAUCUAUUCAGAUCACAGAUAAAAUUGAUACCAAGAAUAGCCCAGAGCAAAAUUUGAGUAUACUAAAGAACAUAUUCAACUAUGAUACUUUACAAAUAGAAAGUAGUUUGUGCAGCGAUGAAGAAAAGAAAGACAUUGUGGACAUAAUUGUAAAUGAUGCAUGCCAGUAUCUUAUAUACAAUCCAAACGUAUUGAAUGAACUUAUUUCGCCUAAUACAUUGAAGGAUGAAAAUAAUGAAAAAUUUGAACUUACGUACGUCAAUCUGCUUAAUGAAUUCAUAAAAUCAAAUGCGCUUAUAUAUAGGCCAGAGCACGGCAUAAGUAGACAAAUUAGCAAGGAUGGAUCGUUAGAAAAUCUUAUCCAAAGUGAUAACAGCAUUGACACAAGCAGUAGAACUUUUACACUGCAGAUCGAUGAUACAAAAUUUUCAAGCCUGAAAGACAUGGUGCAAUCAACCUUGGAAGACAUGCACAGAAAAUUUUUCUAUAAUGAAGCUGACUUCUUUAAUAUUAAUAUACAGGAUCUAAAAAAAUUUUUUAAGGUAGACUACUGCAGUUUAGAAGAUCUGUACAACAAAGAAUAUAAAGACACUGGCAUUCCAUUGGUAGACUACGGACUGAAGAUCAUCCACGAAAAAAAUUAUAAACUUAAUGAUCUAUGUAGUAGAAUUAAAAGAAGAGGUAUAUACAGAGAUAAGGUAGGGGUAGAUGAAAUCAUUAGCCCAUUUACCCAGGAAGAGUUAACAAUAAUUAUUUCGAUUAGACAAAGAAAAGGAAGUAUUUUUGAUGAAAAGAGAAACCACAUGGGUAUAAUUAAUGCGAUAGAAUAUAUGAUAAAUAGCACCGAUCUCUUAAAAGACAAAAAUAGAUCAAAUAUACUAGUGAUAAACGCAGAUUUAAACAAGUUUCAUGAAAACUAUGUAGGUGGGAAUAAUGGUCUAAAGGAGAUAAUAGAUAAAAGAAUAAAUGAAUUGGAUGAAGAAAUAGCGGAUAAGAAAGAAGCUUUAGAAAAAGAAGAAAUAAAAUACAAACAGGCGAUAAAAGAAGAAAAAAGCAGAGAAGAAAUUAAAAAACUAGAGUAUUCUAUUAAUAAUAUAAAAAAUGAAAUAUAUUCACUAGAAUACAGCAGCAAGAAAGAAAAUAUACGGUAUAAAAAUGUUACAACAUAUAUACGUUCCUCACAUGACCUAGCGCCAGAACAGCAGCAAUACAUACACAAAAAGAUAAAAGAAUUUGCAAGGCAACGGAAAGUAAAGAUAGUAACAGAUAAAGAAGCAGCGCUAGAAGAGCUAAAAGUGCCUGAAGAAAUGAAAGUGGAAGAAGCGCCUGAAGAAUAUCAAAUGAUAGAAACAAAAGAAGCACCUCAAACAGCAGAUCUAGAAGAAUAUCACAUAGUAGAAUCAGGGGAUCUAGAAGGAAGAGAAUCUCUCCCAGUAAAGCCAACAAAUACAAAAAAUAUAAUUAGCGCUAUGGGUCUUGCAUGUCUUUUUUUACUAGUAGCACGGUAUGCUGUCAAUUCAAAAUCUAAAACAGAAAACUCUGCUGAUGUUGACAGUAUAUUAGACUGCGAAGAAGCAUCACCCCAUGAAAAAUCACCGGCUAAGAAACAAAAAGAUUCUAACGCAUCCUAG